ACAGAGGAAAUCUCACUGCCACAUCUCUAGCUGGGCUCAUGUCAGUGACACUUACACUUACUGUGGACUCUCCCCGGCAGUAGUUGACUCUCAUGAUUUCAUAAUGGCCCAGCCUUUAAGUCUCAGCUCGGCAUUGAUUAUUUAAUGGGCUGAAAUGCUUAUUUCUGGGUGUUCCAAGUCAUUGUAAACUUAUUUCAAGUAGUGGGUUUAAAAGGGGGCGAUCAUUUAACUGGAAGAUGAUGAUGCGUAUUCAUACAGACCAGUGAGGUCUUUAAUAAAGUGAUAGUGAGUCGGUCUUUCCCAGUUCAACUUGUAUUAUUGUCUUGAAAAAUGAUACCUUAUAGAUCAUGGAAAGACAGCUAGUGAGGUUUGAGAGUAUCUAUGGUAUGUCUGUUAUUAGAAUAACCUGUUAAAAUUGGUAAGCUAGUUCAGAGUACCAAUUUGGGCCUAAUUAGAUUCUAUACUUUUGUUAUAACAUUGUGAUAUAAGAGAAAGAAAAAUGGGUCUUAGAUUCAUCAAGCUGCUUGUUGAUUGAUUGGCUGCAUAAAAACUGUAUUAUUAAGCUGGAGAAGGGACUCUCUUCACCUGAGUUUAUGCUGAAUUACCUACUCUCAGGUGAUGGGGAGCGGACAGAUAGCCAACCAAGUUAGCCUCGGGAAAGCAGGGUGGGUGAGGGUCCCGGGAAGACCAGGCAGACUGUAGAGCAGAGUGUGAGGCAGGUAGAGGAGGACAUGGGGGAGAAGCGUGAAGGGAGGGAUGCUCAGCGCGGAGAAAAGCAGGUGUAGGGGCACAAAGGUGAGAGGACAGGGAGUGUCGAUUGACUUUUGAGCUUGUCAUGACCAAGACGAGGUGUGUGAAGGGAAGUAGCAGGACACAGGGCUGGGGAGGCACAGACCAGUCACUGGGCUGAAGCACGUGGACGUCUUAAAGCCACUGGGGUGAUUUGGUUGAAUUUUUCAUUUAGAAAGACCGCACAGGUGCCAGUGUGGAAGAUGGGCUGGAGGAACGAGUGGGCAUUGAGAAGGGUUAUGAUGUAGUUCAGAUAAGAAAUAAGGAUAUGAAUUAAGUCAGGGGACAGCGAAAGGAAGUAGAAGGAAAUCGUCUUUGGUGACAUUUGGAUACAGAGAGGGAGCAGGGAGUGGUAGUGAUAGUGUGUGUACUUUUCUGGCUUGGGGAGCCAGAGGAAGGAACGGAGGGAAUGGAGAAACUUUCAGGGGGCAGAGGGAUGUGGGCGUCUAGUUCAUUUCACUCCUCUGGCCCUUCUCGGCCCUCAUCUGAAAUGAAGGCGAUACAAGGAAUAAUCUUCAGGGCAGAUGACUCAGCUUUGUGAGCUGAUCAACAAGAGCGGGGAACUCCUUGCAAAGAACUUAUCCCAUCUGGACACCGUGCUUGGGGCUCUGGACGUACAGGAGCACUCCUUGGGCGUCCUUGCUGUUCUAUUUGUGAAGUUUUCUAUGCCCAGUGUUCCUGACUUCGAAACAUUAUUCUCACAGGUUCAGCUUUUUAUCAGUACUUGUAACGGGGAGCACAUUCGAUAUGCAACAGACACGUUUGCUGGGCUUUGCCAUCAGUUAACAAACGCCCUUAUGGAAAGAAAACAGCCCCUGCGAGGAAUUGGCAUCCUCAAGCAAGCCAUAGACAAGAUGCAGAUGAACACAAACCAGCUGACCUCAGUACAUGCCGAUCUCUGCCAGCUUUGUUUGCUGGCAAAAUGCUUUAAGCCUGCCCUUCCAUAUCUUGACGUGGACAUGAUGGAUAUUUGUAAAGAGAAUGGAGCCUACGAUGCAAAGCACUUUUUAUGUUACUAUUAUUACGGAGGCAUGAUCUAUACUGGGCUGAAGAACUUCGAAAGAGCACUCUACUUUUAUGAGCAGGCUAUAACUACCCCUGCCAUGGCGGUCAGUCAUAUCAUGUUGGAAUCAUAUAAAAAGUAUAUUCUAGUUUCUUUGAUAUUACUUGGAAAAGUACAACAGCUACCAAAAUAUACAUCUCAAAUUGUGGGUAGAUUCAUUAAGCCUCUUAGUAAUGCAUACCACGAGUUAGCACAAGUGUAUUCAACCAAUAACCCCUCAGAACUCCGAAACCUGGUGAACAAGCACAGCGAGACGUUUACUCGUGACAACAACAUGGGGCUGGUGAAGCAGUGCUUGUCCUCUCUCUAUAAGAAGAACAUUCAGAGGCUGACCAAGACCUUUUUAACACUAUCAUUACAAGAUAUGGCAAGUCGUGUGCAAUUAUCUGGACCACAGGAGGCAGAAAAAUAUGUCCUGCACAUGAUAGAAGAUGGUGAAAUUUUUGCAAGUAUUAAUCAGAAGGAUGGUAUGGUCAGUUUCCAUGAUAACCCUGAAAAAUAUAAUAACCCGGCCAUGCUUCAUAACAUCGAUCAGGAGAUGCUGAAGUGCAUAGAGCUGGACGAGCGGCUGAAGGCGAUGGACCAGGAGAUCACAGUGAACCCCCAGUUUGUGCAGAAGAGCAUGGGGUCACAAGAAGAUGAUUCUGGAAACAAGCCAUCCAGUUAUUCUUGAAACAAAUGGCCGUCCUGAUUUAAACAAGAGGAACUAUCACCAUGGCCAGUAGCAACUAUUAGAAGGGCAGCAGGGAGGACUACGCCUGUUUCACCUGGACAUUAAGAAAUUACAUUUUGUUUUGACUUCUUCAGCCCUAUGUGCUUUCAGAAAACCAUUCUCUCUGCAAAGGGGAAAAAACAAACUUUAAAGUCUGUUGUGGAUUUAUUUAUCCUCAGAUUAAUGUUGUCAUUGCAUUAAAUCUACCCUUUUGUUUUAAAUUACGUAAA